CAAGUCGGCAACGGACCAAGAUGGCGGCGCCCAGUGAGGGGCAGGCGUUUGCCGCGGGGGUUGAGAAGAAUUGGGGUGCAGUUAUUCGCUCCCCAGAAGGGACUCCCCAGAAAGUCCGGCAGCUGAUAGACGAGGGGAUUGCCCCGGAAGAGGGAGGCGCCGAAGCGAAGGACACAUCUGCCACAUUCCAGUCAGUUAAUGGGUCACCCCAAGCAGAACAGCCGCCAUUGGAAUCUACAAGCAAAGAAGCCUUCUUUAGCAGGGUGGAGACAUUUUCUUCUCUGAAAUGGGCAGGUAAGCCCUCCGAGCUGUCUCCACUUGUGUGUGCAAAGUACGGCUGGGUCACAGUUGAGUGUGACAUGCUCAAGUGUUCCAGCUGCCAGGCUUUCCUCUGUGCCAGUUUACAGCCAGCUUUUGAUUUUGACAAAUAUAAGGACCGAUGUGCCGAGCUGAAGAAAGCCUUGUGUACCGCCCACGAGAAGUUCUGUUUCUGGCCAGACAGCCCCUCCCCAGAUCGAUUUGGGAUGUUGCCGUUGGAUGAGCCUGCUGUUCUUGUUAGUGAAUUCCUAGAUCGUUUUCAAAGCCUGUGUCACUUGGACCUCCAGCUGCCUUCCCUGAGGCCAGAGGACUUGAAAACUAUGUGCUUGACAGAAGACAAGCUCAGUCUUCUUCUGCACCUGCUUGAGGAUGAACUUGAUCACCGAGCGGACGAGAGAAAAGCUGCAAGCAGAUGCGGCUCAGACAUCCAAGUGCACAUCACAGCCUGUGUUCUCUCUCUGUGCGGCUGGGCUUGCGGUUCUUCUCUGGAACCCGUGCAGCUCUCCUUGAUAACCUGUUCCCAGUGCACGAGGAAGGUGGGGCUCUGGGGCUUCCAGCAGAUGGAGUCCUCCGUGACCGACCUGGACGCCUCAUUCGGCCUGACCAGCUCCCCCGUCCAAGGGCCUGAGGGGCGGGCGGAGCGCUGCACUCUGGUGCCUGAAUCUCCUCGGAGGAUGAUGACUCGGAGCCAGGAUGCCGCAUUUUCCCCCGGCUCAGAGCAGGCUGAAAGGAGUCCAGGCCCCAUCGUCUCUCGAGCCCGGAGCUGGGACUCUUCCAGUCCCGUUGACCGUCCUGAGCAGGAGGCCGCUAGCCCCGCCACCAGAACUCGUCCUGUGACCCGAAGCAUGGGCACCGGAGACAGCAGUGGCCUGGAAGUACCGUCCAGCCCUCUCCGGAGAGCCAAGCGGGCUCGCCUCUGCUCCUCCAGCAGCCUGGACACAUCUUCCCGAAGCUUCUUUGAUCCCACCUCUCAGCAUAGAGACUGGUGCCCUUGGGUGAAGGUCACACGUGGCCACGAUGCCAGGGAGGAUGAUGGCCGAACGGAGGCAGCUGCCAGUGCCCCGGCAGAGCCAGGCUGGAAGGCCGUGCUGGCCAUCCUGCUGGCCCAGAAACAGUGCAGCCAGCCAGCUGACCCGGACUCCAUGAGUCUCUCUGAGAAAUCAAGGAAGGUUUUCCGAAUAUUCCGGCAGUGGGAAUCCUUAUGCUCAUCCUGAAGAUAUGCCAGCCCUUCCUGGAGAGAAGCGGAAUGAGUGACUUUGAGAAAUAAAGUCUGAAUUCCCUUUUGGUCAGCCAACGCUAAGUUUUUCUCCAUUCGGGUUUAAUCAUACGGACCCCUGUCCUUGUAAAAGGCAGUGUCCCUCUGUGUGUGCCCGAGGGAAGCCUGUUUCCGUGCCGGGAUCGGACAGGUGAAGGACAGCAAGCCUGGUUCUGCUGGGGAGUGUGGAGUUGUUCAGCUACAUGGGGUACCGAGGACUUGAGCACUGUUAGUGUCUUUUAGUACGGGUCGGUGUUUUGAAGACGCUUCUGUCCCAGGAAUAUGACCAUAUGUGUUAAUAAAGUAUUCAUUCAGAUUCUUA